AGCGUUAAUGAGAGCGGAACUAGCCGAAAGAAAUUAUAGUGAGAAAUGGCUCUUCCCACCCCCUGCCAUCUUGAAACACCACUUCUAAAAUCCCGUCUCUCCAUCUCCCCUUCCCCAAACCCUAACCAUAACCCUAAGGCAACCUUCGUCUCUCUCUUGUCUUCGCCUCGUAGAGUGAAGUUCUCCAUAUCUCCGGGGUUCCGCGGCCCUUCUCCUCUGUUCCCCAUCCGAUGCUCUAGCGGCGGCAAUGAGGACUACGAGCACGCGCGGGUGGUCCACCCGAGGCCCCAAGAGAUCCCCUGGAGCAAGGAGCUCGCCAAUUCCGUCCGUCUGAUCGGAAUCGUAGGGGCGCCCAUCCAAAUCAAGCAUCUCAGCAGCGGAAAGGUCGUUGCUUGGACCCGCCUCGGCGUCAAGAAAUCCCCCUCGGAGACCAGCUGGAUCAAUCUAACAUUCUGGGAUGAGCUGGCUCAUGUAGCCUUUCAGCAUGUGGAGAAGGGUCACCAGGUGUAUGUUUCUGGACGGCUUGUGUCAGAUGUCGUCGAAAGAGACGAUGAGAAUCAGCAGGUUUAUUACAAGGUGGUGGUUCAGCAGAUGAAUUUUAUUGAGAGAAACUUCCCGCCAGUAUUGUUGUAUGAACCUCAGGCAAACUCGGGGGUCUCAGGGGCAAAGCUUGGGAAUUAUGCGAGUUAUUCUUCUGCUUCAAUUGAAGAGCUAUGGCAAGCAUUCUUUGUUAAUCCAAUGGAUUGGUGGGAUAACAGGAAAAAUAAGAAAAGCCCUAAAUAUCCAGAUUUCAAGCACAAGCACACUGGCGAGGCUCUGUGGAUUGAAGCAAAGUACAACCCACCUUGGGUGAAGUCUCAGUUGGCUAUUUUGGACUCAAGAAAGAGCUCUCUCCAAGAUAAUGGGACAAGCUCUACUAUUUCUGUCAUGUACAGUGAUGAUUUGGCACCAUUUUAGUUGUGCUUGGUUUACAUUGGGGAUCCUGAUAGCUAUAUGCCAAAUGACAAUUUUGUAUGAUCAAUGUCUGCUUGGCAAGUUAUGCUCAGAGAUAUACCUUAAACCAGCCUAUUGGCUGUAGGUUACUUGGUGAAUUUUUUCCUUUGCCAGAGAUGGUCCAAGAGUCUCUGUCACUUGGUAACUCGGUCGUCAAUGUUUAUUUAUGUAUUAACUACAUUGUUCAUGUUUCAAAUGGGGGUCUAUCUUCCAAGUAAUCCUUGUAGUCUUAAAUAUGAUGGGGAUCAUCAGUUACUUGGUUAUCGGCAGAAAAGCAUUGCUGUUGUACCUUCAAGGAGCAUUAAAUUCUGCAUUUGAAAGAAACCGAGGGACUUUAUGUCAAUUCAUUUCACGAUGAGGUAAUUCUGUGACCAUUUCUUAAGGUUUAUGGUGAUAGUCUUGUGAAAAUCAUGAGAUCCCAGUAAUAGAGGUGGAAACGUUUACAGAAGAAAGACUUCCUGGAUAAGUGACUAGUGGGCAUAAGGUUAGUGCAUCAUUGUCACCUCAAAUUGGAUUUCCUUUUUUUUAGUCUCCCAUCUGGUUUUCUAUGGCUAUUUGAUUUUGGAGGUUAAUUAUGUAUACCAUAUAUUCUUCUAUCUAGGAAGAUCUAUUGCACUCAUUAUGAUGCCUGCUGUCAUUACCAAUGCGUAAAUAGCCUGGACUCAUCUGGUUCUCCAAUACUCUUGACCCCAAGCAUACUUAUGAAAUGUGGAAUGGGAUAUAGCUUGGGAGUUUCUAGUUCUGGCACAGCAGUUUCUGGGAGUUUGGGACAAGAUCAGAGAGCUCACUGAAAGCGAAGCAGAGGAAUAAGAAAGAUGGAAGGCUGCGGUAACGUGUUACAUGGUUAUUGAUUGGGAGUCUCUAUGAGUUUUAUUUUCACCAGUCUGGAGUCAUCCAAUGAGAGGAAAAAUCUACAGUGCAUCACGCACGGAUAUGAGCUCAGGAGCUGCAGUUUCUUUUGAGGUUCUAAUUUGCUACAUAAUGUGGAUUGAGGUUUUCUUUCUUCUUUUUUUUGUCUUUUAGUUCCUUUUAUCUGCAUUGUACAUUAACAUUUUCUUAAAGUUGUCGGUAGAUCAGCAGCUA